GAAACGAAAGUACCGAAUCCAAGUCCCGGUGGACGACGUGGAGUUCUCACAAGAAAGUAUCGGAGAGAGAUUCACUUGCGGCCGGAAGCUGCAGAAGACCGUAGACGAUCUCUUCGAUGGCAAGGUCCAUCCCCGCCACAGCGACUUCCUUGUGCUACAAGCGAUGAAAGUAGCAGAAAGAACACGAUAUAUAAGUCGGAACAAUCGACGCUUGUGGUGCUUGAAGGAAUACCAAAAGCUGCGAAGACGAGAAGACAAAGACUUUACUGUCAAAGUACGGCUGGAUGCCAGCUUCUCGGACUUUCUCUCCGAAAGCCCUGCCGUCACUCAAAAAAAGCAGCAGCUGAGCCACAUGUACGGUUUGCCACCACGAUUCAGGCAAAGACUUUUCAGUGGCGGCACUGCUCUGGAU